AUGUCAAAAUAUUUUUUAUUAUCAUUUGGACUUAUUUCAUUCUUAUUUCUUGCUUCAUUUAUUUCAUGUUCUCCAAUAUUUCAUCGAAAUGAUAUUUCAAAUUAUUUUAAUGAUCAAUAUUCUGAUAUGAUCGAUAUUGAUGAAGAAAAUAUAGAAGGAAUUUUAUCACCAAAAUUUUUAUCAUUUAAUCGAUAUCAACGUUCACCAUUAUAUUAUCCUCGUACAAAUCGUAAUGCAUGGUUUCGUGUAUCAACUUAUCAACAUUUCAAACCAUCGAAACUUGAAGAACAGCAUAAUGGUGAUCAUGUUAUGCGAUGGGGAUGA